CUCCGCCCCCUCAUCUCGCGCAUGCUCAGACUCUCGCGUCAUUGGUGAGCGGUUGUGUGACCUGUGACCGCGCGUGGCCGCUCCGCUCGGUCUCGGCCUGGCCCUGGUCCUGGUCCUGGUCGUGCCUCAGCCUCAGGAUCCGCUGUUUAGGAUGGCGGAAGCUGUGCGCCCCAAGAAGUCUAAGCACUCAGCAAAAGUGGAGGACAAAAAGAGAAAAGCGAUGACAGAAACUAAGAAAAAAUGUUCAAAACCUGAAUCAGAUCAAGAAUCAGCUUCUCAUGCGAUAACAAAAACACAGAUUGCCUCAUCCAGUCCAACUGAAGCCAAUAAAAACCAAAAAGAAACUAUUUUGAAACAUGAGGGCCAAAGUGAAGAACACCAGUUUCUUCCAGAUUUGCUGAUAGCAGAGAAUACUGUAAAAAUUACUCAAGAGUCUGGGUCAUUGGUGGAAGUGGUGUCCACUGCAAUUGCAGAAACUGAAAUUGAUUCAAAACAACAUGUUGGGUUGGACAGUAAAGAUCAACAGCGUCAUGUAAAUCAGACAAAAAAAUUAAACACUCACCAUAUCCCUCACAGUAACACUGUACUCCAAGAGGUAUGUGGGAUUCCAGAGACUAAUGAACUACCUUGCUCUAGUAAGACCACUAUUAAUCAAAACAAACAUUUGCAGGAUAUUAGUGAUGUUGAAUCUGCUGUUUGCAGUGUUUCAGACCAAAUUCAGUCGCACUCCAGAAGUACUGCUUCACAGAAUGUAACAGUUGAUUUGAAGGAAAAGGAGGUCUCACAGAAUAAGGAUGUUAAAAAACCUGCUAUUUUAAUACUGGAUAAUUGUGGAAAAGAGACGGUGGAUAUGAAGCUGCAUAACAUCAUGACUGAUCUUCCUGUACGGUUAACUGUCGAGAGACUGUACCCUGAUUUGCCAUUUGAGGCCAAGAAAGACCCUAAAACUGCAUUCAUUGAGCAGGUUUCAUCUCAUUCCGGAACACUCUAUCCAGUUAUUCCAUGUGAAGUUGUACCAUUUUCAAAAGAAGAGCUCAAGAUGUUUUCAUUAGGUUCAUGGCUGGAAAAUGUUGAUACAUAUGUUGAAGAAUUUUUUUCUGUGGCCACUCAGGAUAAAAAUGAGCUUUUUGAACUUCUUAUGAACUAUGGGAGAUGUAGGAAACAACUUCUGCAGGCUGAAAUGGAAUUGCAGACAAUGAUGUGUGAUUAUGAAAGUAUCAAAAAAAGGCUGUGGACGUUUAAUGAAGAGCAACUGACUCUCCAGGGAGUUUGUGCUGAUCAAACAAAAGUUACAGCCUAUCAUCGAUAUCAGACUGUGGAGAUGAACAAUUCAGUUGUUGCAGAGCUGCAACGGAUUUUACGUAUUAAGGCUGAUCACUUGCAUCAAACACUGGCUCUACAUGCCUAUACUUCAGUGCUCUCCCGACUGCAGGUGGAAUCUUACAUCUACAGGUUGUUAAACAGCUCAACUGCAUUUAGAACAGUGACAGGUCUACGUAGGCAAGAUGAUCAAGAAAUAGAUUGCAGCCAUUCAGAUCUGCAGCUUUUAAAAGAAAACAUUAGUGUACUCUUUAGUUUUACCCGAAGAACAAUUGAAGAUGAUCAGUUCCACAGUGACAUUCUUCUCUGGCUACAGAAAUUGGUUGCAGUGUUACACCGAAUUGGCUCUUCUGCUGAUCACCUCUGUAUUCUGAAUCACAUCCUUCACUGCCCAGCAGGUGUGAGCAAAUGGGCAGCCCCAUUUGUAAAGAUAACAAUAUUCAAUAAUCCUUCAGGCGUCUUUCUCUUUAUGCAAGCCCUAGCCUGCCUUCUGUCACCAAUCAAGUAA